AGCAGCAGCAGCAGCCUGUCAGUGCUCCGGUCUACUUUGCUCGCAUCAUUCAGGCGGCUAGCUAUGUGACAGUGCGGCUGUUUCUUCUGCUUCCCGGACCCCCUCCGUGUCCCGGUCUCCCCAGUCCGGCGUCCGUUUAUGAUGGAUCACAAGAGAGCUGAUUCGAAGGGCACCAGCCUGUACGGGGAAUUUCUGUUCACCAGUAACCGGAAAGGCAGGUGUGCCGUCACCCUGACCGAGAAGGACCUCGUUGUCCAGAGGCUCACGUCGGCACCUGUCGGGCGGAACAAGGUGGUGCUCAGCCUGAAGGAGUGCGUCGGCUGUCGGGCUUACCGGGGAAAUGACAGCGUGGACCCGGCAGCGUACUUAGUUGCCUACUUUUACCCACUCAAACGGCGGUGGAUGAGCUCCAGAGUGUCGCGGCAGAGAGUGGAGCAGUGCUUUCGGCUCGCCGCACUCCAGGACCCGCGCGCUAACCUGGAGGAGGCAGAGAAGUGGGCUCGCGCUGUCCGAGAACGCUCUGCCCGGCAACAGUUCCCUAGAAACGGAGUGUUGAUGAGCCAAAGGUCCCGCCCGUGUCGGAUGAUGCUGUUAGUGAACCCGCAGAGUGGGAAAGGACAGGCACUGACGCUGUACAACAACCACGUUCAGCGGAUGCUGAACGAAGCCGGCAUCGUACACACUCUGGUUAUCACAGAGUGGCAGAAUCACGCCCGGGAGAUGGUGAGAGAGGCCGACCUGUCGCAGUGGGAUGCUUUAGUCAUCAUGUCAGGAGAUGGACUUCUCUAUGAAGUGAUAAAUGGUCUGCUGGAAAGGUCAGAUUGGGAGGAGGCCAUCCGGAUACCAUUGGGUAUCCUUCCUGGUGGAUCUGGCAACGCAUUGGCUGCAUCCAUACAUCAUUACUCUGGAGCCUCUCCUGUGUCCAGUGAGGAGCUGUUGGUCAGCUGUGGCUUCCUGCUCUGCAAGGGUCUGGUGUCCCACAUGGAUUUGGUCUCCAUCCAUCUCUCCUCCAGCCCCCGCCUCUUCUCCUUCCUCUCUUUGGCCUGGGGCUUUGUAGCGGACGUUGACAUAGAGAGCGAGAAGUACCGUCACUUUGGUGCCGUCCGGUUCACCAUUGGCACGUUGGUGCGGCUGGCCUCUCUUCGCGUCUACAAGGGCAGGCUGGCUUACCUACCUGCCACCAAGGACCACAACAAUGAGGAGGAUAUGAGAAGUAACACAACAAUACCCUGCAAAAAUCUGCGCUCUGCCCUGACUCCGCCCUCAGUCCCAUGUCUGCUGUCCAGAGACUCUUCCUGCGACAACACCCGCCACAACUCCUGCCACUCCAACAACUCCCUCAAAGUGAGGCGGAUUGAGAGCACGCCUUCCCGAAGUGCCACCAAAGCACUCCCUGGCCCGACUGACUCACUGCUGCCACCUCUGGAUCAGCCGCCGCCCAGUGACUGGGUGGUGGUGCAGGAGGAAGACUUUGUCCUCGUGCUGGCCAUGUACCAGUCCCACCUGGCGGAGGAUCUCCUGGCAGCACCGGAGGCCACCUUGGACGACGGUGUCAUUCAUCUUUUUUACGUCAGAGCGGGAAUAUCACCCACUGCACUGCUGAGGCUGUUUCUAGCUAUGGAGAGGGGUGCACAUCUGACUACAAACUGCCAACAUUUGGUGUACACUAAGGUGCGGGCUCUCAGGCUAGAGCCGUACUCAUCAAAAGGGAUAAUAACAGUAGAUGGAGAGGUGGUGGAGUAUGGCCCGGUGCAGGCUGAGGUGCACAGAGGCCUGUCAAGGUUAAUCACCGGAUGAACCAAAGAAACUCCACUGCCCACUUUCAUGUCUGCUGUUUGACGGCGUUUAACAAUAAACACAUUUGAUUUGUCAGAUUAGAAACUGUGCAGCUGCAGGAGCAACGCAGUGGAUUUACAACUCCUGAUGCUGUGAUGGAGGAUGAGUUAUUACAUCAUGAUGCCAUGAAUCAAGUGGUCAGUAUUAGAUAGAUAAAUAAAUAAAUAAUCAAAUAAAACCAAAAUAUAUCUGUAAAUUACACUAAAGACUUUCAAAUUUAGCUUAAUAUUUUUAUUAUUACACAUUAUUCUUUUCACAAUAAGAGCAUUUAGUACAUAUUUUUAUCUGUAAAUCAAAACAGACUGGCUGAGUCAGUUCGGUUGUUUUAAAGUUGACUUAUUUGGCUCAUUUUACACUCUAUAUUUUUAUUUUUGGACUCUGGAGUAACUUUAGUGGCUGCGUGUAGUGGUUUACACAUUUGCCUAACAAGCAAAAGAUUCCCAAUUUAGUCCGGGGGGAGACACAAAUCCCUCUGGGGUUGCAUAAGGAAGAGCAUCCAUUGUAAAAAUCUGCCAAAUCAAACAGGUGGAGCCACCUGCAUUACUGUUUAAAAAAUAACAAAGAACACCUCAAAAAGAUCUGAUGUAACAAUCUAUUGUUGUGAAAAGAUGGAUGAUGUAAUUUAGAAAUAUUAGGCAUCGUUAUAUUUUUAAUUCAGAUUAUUUAAUUUCACUAUUAAUUUAAUACUGAACACUCUGUAGCCACGAUUGUGUGAACUGAAUAUGUUCCUGCCUCACUUGAGCUAAAACACAAACACACCCGCAUGUUUCAUCAUCUCGUGAUCAAGCAUUCAGACUCCACAGAAAGUCAAUCCGUCGCCAUCUUUCGCCUCCGUCCGGCGUCUCGUCCGCAGCUGCACAGAGAGCGAUGUUUGUCUGCGCUGCAGUGAACACAUCAGCCAGAAUUACAGCAUCUUAUGCAACAACAGAGGAUUAGAUUUCUUUGGCCUUUAUGGCUUCACUGCAGUACAGUGUGUUUGUGUGUGAGACAGAAAACACAAACAUCCAUUUACGGCUGAAAGUCUUAAAUUAAAGCCUUUAUGGAUGUGGCCUUCGGGAUGAAAGGUGCUGGUCUGCAUUACUGAGUGAUGCAAAGGCAGGAAAACGUCUGUUACUUCAUAUUAUCUCAAAAUGAAACCCGGCAAAGCACAUUGUAUAAAUAAUCAUUAGAACUAUUUAUAUUUAAUUUACUAUUUAUUUUUAUCAUAUAUCAAAGCUACUCAGGGUGCUUCUGCACCUUGUCCAGCGUGCCUGGUUUCUGACCAGAGGCUGUGGUGUCGUUUCAGUUGGAGCACCCAAACAGUUUUGCCUUAAAAUCUCGUCGGCUUGAUCCUGUUUCAUGAAAGCACUAAAUGGUAAUUUCACACGUGGCUGUCACUCAGCAACUGCAGAUAUUUGCAGAUUCAGUACCUCUCCAGUUCUCACACAUGGGUGACCACCGUGGUGUUUCCAUUGCUACCCUCGUGUUGCAUACUGCAGAGUUUGUUAAGUGGACCCUGAGAUUUCUAAACCAACCAUGUUAAAUUCUGCAAGCAGAAUCAUAUCAUAUCUACAUCCUCCUUUUACCUGAUGCUGGUGAUGUAGUCAUGAUAGACUGUAAAUUAAAAAGGGAAGUAGCCACUUUGAAUUCACGUCUUGGUUUGUGAAGCCCUAUUUUGAGGCUUCAGCAUUAUGUCCACUGCCUAGUUGCUUUUUUGGAGUUGGAAUUCAGCGUUUUUAGAUCCUUACAGCUGAUUUCCCAGUCUACGAAAUCUCUGAAAAUCUCAUUUAAAAAACUCUGUAGUCCAGGAUUAGGAAUAAUCCAUGCCUGGGAAACUAACAGUAGCAAACUUGGUUAGCGUAGAGACCAAUCAGCAACCCUGAGACAACCUCCGGUUGCUAAAGAAAAAUGUGUAUUCCCCAGCCAGUUGGUGAGUGUUUGCUAGAGGUUGCUAGUUGUAGCCAGGUGAAAUCUGUCACAAAGAGGAUGCUUUGAAUACUAACAGAUUGUCACAGUCGAUGGUAGUUUGCAUGGAAGUUGCCAACUUAUCUGCAAACACUUGCAGACUACUUGCCGAGCGGGAGUGAAACUGUGAAAAGUGCAACAGAAAUCAGAAACUGAGAUUGUCUUCAAAGUAAAAGUUGUCUUACUGCUGCAACCUAAGGCAAAUGAUCUCUGUUCCCAGUUUGUGUUGCACUUUUCACAGUAGCUGGUAAGUGUGAAACGUGAUUCUAGGCUUGCAUGCUAAAUCUAUGAACUGUACAAGUGAAUCAACUAAAUUUAAGCCUUAAUAAAGUUUAAAUGAGUUAGUUAUUUAAAAAAAUCACUCCUCCUAGAAUUUUCUUAAAGGGAUGAAUUGGCUUCAGGCAGCCAAUUAGAAAAACUGUUUUUGGCAUCAUUUUUCAGACAUGGAGGCUGCAGCUUGGCAUCAAUAGAUCCUAAUUUCUAUGUGGUCUUAACCCUCUGAGGACUAAGUAAUCAAAUGUGAUAAGCUUAUGUUUUGGAAAGGUGAAAUGGACUUUUUUGGGGAAAAAAUGUAAAUGGCUUUUAAUGUGUAGAAUGAUUAUUUUAUUUACUCCCUGAUUGGCCAUUUUACUAAAAUAAAAAUACAUAUUCUGAUAUCCUGGGGUUAGAGUUAGGGUUAGAAGCCGCAGAAGCAGAGCAAAAAUAUCAUGAAUGUAAAGGAAUAAUCCACCUUAAAACACAGUUAACGAGCGGUCACACCCACAAAAAUCUGACAUAGCUUUACCAGUUUCACGUUCAUGUUUUCCUCGUGACUCAGAUUUCUUUGGUAAGAUAUUUUCAUAACCGCAACAGGAAAACAUCACUGGAGGAAAAUUGGUUAGAGGUUCCACAUCUAUUUAUUUCAACAGGCUCAGAUUGCUGUGCUUCCACCUUCACUGACAACAGUUGUUAUUUAUUUAUUUAUUAAAAAUCACGACUGUUUCUGCUGGAGAAAACGGCUCCAGUGAAAAAUGUUCACAGGGACAUUUUGCGUGGAUAUGAAUUGUGAUUGAGCCAGAUUUGGAUUUUACUCACUACAAACAAAACUCCCCCGGCUGUGCCGUUGUGGUCGAGGCCUGACGUUAAAGCUGUAGAGCUUUUCACUGUUUGCUGUUUUUUUUUUUUUCCUCUCUUCACCUGUUCACCACUGAGGUGACAAAGAGGGUGGUGCUCGAAAACUGCUACACACCUACGAGUGUUUAAGUGCUUGCUGGUGGAUUUUCUCCUUCAAACAGCUGCGGCUCCUGCUUCGUCCUGCAGCUCUGCUCCUCAUCAUUUGAUUUAUGUUUGUGUGUGUGUGUGUGUGGGGAGGGGGGGGGGGGGGGGGCAGCUUCUUGCUGCUCCUUCCUUCUUUUUCCUCCCUCUCUGCCAUCCCACCAUCCUCAUCAUAGUACCCAUCUUUUUCUGCUGCUGCUUCUUUCAUCUAUUUGUUGCUUUUGGUACUACUGCAGAGUAGUCACAGCACACACACACACACACACACACACACACAGUGGCAGAUUUGUCAUCACCGAGGUGUCCUUAGCUUAUAACACGCAGAAGAAAAGGCUGCAGAUUUUAACAUGUUCGUGAACACUGAGGAGCCUUAAACAGGGGUUUGAGGUGGAGGGUGAAGCUUGUUAAACUGAGUGUAGGGAGUGGGCAGAGAGGAAGAGGAGGAGAUAUUGACUUGCUAAAUGCUGCAUGAGGUGGGCGGCGUUGUGUUCCUUCCCCCUCACCCUGGGAAAUCACUGGGGAACAUUAGCAAACUGUCCCAAUGCAGUGAGACAGAGGAGCAUGUGUUUCACUUGAACCUGGGAGGGAGGGGAGAGGACGGCUCACGUCGACAUGAUUUUAAGUCCAAAUAAGAAAAGUUCUGAAGCUUUGAUGUGCCUACAGAGUCGCAGUAAACAUGCAGAUAUUUCCAUGUUUUAUUCAACACACCAAUGACUGUUUGACACUGCAAAUGCUGUUAAGUUAAAGACCAAAAUUUAUUUCCUUUUCUGUGUUUUUUUGCACAGCACAUGCUUGUUGGCAAUGCCAUGUAAAGGCCUUCAUGGGACAUCGUUUAACUCAUUCAUGGGCACUAAAAUUUCCUAAAUUCUGUUUAUUUUUUAUGAAAGACUUGCCAGCAGGGGUUCAGCUGAAAGAGCAGCAAGCACAUGAAAAGGACAGCAGCUGAAAACCUGCUCAGUCCAUUUUCUCAGCUGGGGGACGAAUGUUGUCUGGACCUGCUGACUGAAGGUUCCCAGUCACGCUUAACCUGAGAGCAGAGAUUGUUGCAUUUGAAAACAGUGCAGAUGUGUGUUUAAUUAUCUGUCAAUGUGAUUAAAUUAACCAGGAAAAUAAACGCACUACAGUGCUACCAUGUACAUCUUUUUUUUUUUCUCCAAUGCAGAGUCAAAUGUUUUGUGUCCUGUAUUUGUUUCAUGUGCCUUGAUUGUGCUGCCUCCCAGUGGCUUGAGUGUGGCAGUGCAGUUUUUUUUUUUUUUAACCUCUGACACAUUUGGAGACACUGAUGAAGAUAUUUUAUGAAAACAAAAAAUAUGUGAGAAACAGAAUAGUUCUGACACAUCUUGACAUCAAGCCUGUUAAAUAAUCAGUUGAAUAAUCAGAGUUAAAUCAGGAGAUGAAGGACCUGAUUUAGGAGAAAACUGAUGAUUUGCUGUUUGUGUCUAUCUGCUGCUUCUGAACUGUUGUAUUCUUGUGUGUUUUAAAGUUUAUGGUGAAGGGAAAACUAGUUUUUAUUUUAUUUCAUUUUUCUGUCACAGAUUGAAUGAUUCUUUAUUCUAAGAGAGAUCUAUUUUUCCAUUUAGACAAAUGUCUGUGCAUUUUCUAAACUAAUCUA